AUGGUGCAGACCUCCGCUCAUACGACGCCUAAUAACGCGGCGGCUGCCACCCUUCAUGUGUCGGUAGCAGGAGUUCUUCCAGGCAACAGCUCUAAUUCUUCAGCAACACACCAUGGUUCAAACUCCAACUCGAGCUCAACUUCAUCAGCAUCCAACGUCAAGGACAAUGUUUUGUUCAGGGACCGGUUUGGUCACAUGUUGACGGACCCCAGAAGAUUUCAUGCGCCCACUUCAAUUCUGGAGCGUGUCCAUCAUUUUUUCAAAGGACCACCACACCUCGACCCAGCAUCCUUUGAAGGCACCUUCCUCGACUGCCCGAUCUCGGUACCUUUUCCAGAUAUCAUGGACAGCGAGGCGUGGCUUGUGCCUGUUCCUGAGAGCAGCGCCCAUCCAGGGUCGAUGCCGCAGUUUGCGCCCGUACAGUCGUGCUUUUUACAUGUGCCCGUCUUACCCUCCAAGCGGCGAUUUGAGACAGAGAAUGAGGUCAUUCUUUUGGACGAUGUUCGUCUCGCCGGGCAAUUGAACGCCAAGCUCUGGGAAGAGUUUUCUGGAGGAAACGUCGUGGAGGCCAUUACUUUGGUGCCAACAUCAGCCACAUGGUUUGUAAAGACGGAGUUGGCCGACUGGCCCUGCGUUGUCAUGUCUGGCCUCAAAUUCGAACAGGCGAACGGAGUUGAACCUUCUGGGAAGAAAUAUUCCGAGAUGCAUAGUUACAUAGCGGUGUACCUUGGAAGAGAUCCCCUGCGCCAGGCGCAGUUUGUGCAAACAUUUCAGGAUCUCGGCAUCUCUCCACCUCAGGUCCCCGAGAACACUUUGACAGGUGCAAGCUCCCGCAGCGCGCGUCCAGGUGCACAAGAUGGCCAGCAUCGGUGGAUUGCAGGGUUCAGGAGGCUGUUCAGAACACAGGGACAUGGAUCGAGUGCCAGUGGACAAAAGGGCGCAGGUGGAAGUGGGUCUGGACACUCGCGUGAUGGUGGUCACUGGACUCCGCAGGAUGAUGACGAUGGGGAUGACAUUGAUCCAAGAUUCGACGAUAUCUACAGUAUCCUGCCACCACACAAGAAGGCUCGGUUGGAGAGAACAGGUCGACCCUCGGAUGGACAGGCUGCCUGGCACCACAGCAAACGGCGGAAGAUGGAUGAGGAGGGGUUCUCCAAGAUCAAGGAUCCUUCACAGCAUAACCAAACCCUCGAGGCGAAUGCUCAGGCCACAGAACGGAGUAUGAACACAACAACGAUGACCGAACAGACCUGCCAACAUUCCAACUUGGCAAUCACCAUCGACCACGACGCCUCACAGUCGCACUUGUCAGGGUCUGGGACCCCCACCCGCCAGGAAAAACCAGGGCUCCAUGGACGAGCUCGUAUCUGGGGGCCAACCAAGACUGUGCGGAUGAUCCUCUUGACCACAGCCCUCAUGGGACUUCAAUUCACUUGGUCGGUAGAGAUGGCUUAUGGAACCCCAUUCUUGCUACAACUCGGACUAUCGAAAUCGCUCAUGUCGCUUGUCUGGCUGGCUGGACCCCUUUCUGGCUGGUGUAAAGAUAUCAUGACUGGAGUCUUUGGCGCCGAUUAUGGCAACCUUGACAACGCGACAAUUCUGAUGGCUGUGGGUUCCAUCUAUAUCCUUGACUUUGCGAUUAAUUGUGUACAAGCAAGCUGCAGGACGCUGAUUGUCGAUAGUUUGCCAUCUUCACAACAGGAGGCAGCGGCAGCAUGGGCGAGUCGGCUUAUGGGACUGGGAGGCAUUUUUGGCUACUUUAUGGGCAACGUCAACUUGCCAGAGUUGAUACCAGCCUUUGGCGAUACACAGAUUAAAGGACUGUGCGUAGUUGCUUGCAUCUUUUUGAUUCUCACCGUUGGGCUGACCUGCAUCACUGUCACUGAGCGGGUUAUGGUUCGAGCUGCAAAGGUGUCAACGUCGUCAAUGGAUGAGUUCUCGCAGGGAUUCAAAUCGAUUUUCCGCGCCAUUCGAUACCUGCCAACACGAAUCCAGCACCUUUGUAAUGUUCAGUUCUUUGCGUGGAUGGGCUGGUUCCCGUUCUUGUUCUACUCAUCCACAUACAUCGCUGAAAUAUACACCCAGGAGACGAGUCAGAUCGAUCCCAAUGACCCAAUGGCACAGGAUCCCGGAGUGGGUGUUCAGGAUGCCGCUGUCAGAGCAGGCUCGUACAGUCUUCUGAUUUACUCGAUUGUCUCAUUGAUCGCCUCGAUCAUGCUUCCGUUAUUUGUUGUACCGGCAGAGUCGUCCGGGACAGGAUCAAAGGGGCCUUUUUCGGGUACCAGGACAGAAAGUGGGUUUGGCGGAAGCAAACGCUCAUCGAAGUGGUGGAGGCGAUGGCCAAGGUGGUUGCAACUUCCGAUCCGUGGACUGACAUUGCCAAGGAUGUACACGCUUUCACUUGCCUUGGUGUCGUUCUCUCUUGUGAGCACGUGGUAUGUUCAGGACCUGAGAGGGUCGACCAUCCUGUUUGCAGGAUGUGGUAUCGCGUGGGCUGUCUCGAUGUGGGCGCCAUUCUCGAUUCUGGGCGAAGUCAUUUCUCAACAGAUGCAGGAGGAACUGCACCAAGGACGACUCCGAGGCAGCGUCAAUGGAACCACAGGUGCUGGAUCGGCAGAGGUGCUUUAUUCCAAGGGUGAGCUGGACGAUGACGAAGCUGACGGAGAAGAAAUUGGAAUGACUGAGGGGCGGUCAGGGCGACAAUAUCAGCCUGUGCGACUACGAGAGAGCAUGGAGGAGACGUUCGGGUCCAUGAGGGGUCGUACUACCACACCUUCACCCACGACGGUGGAUGUACCAUUUGGACCGGGGACGGAAUCAUCCACAUGGAGCACACCGAUUGAAUAUGACGUGGGUCUCUCCAAGCUAGAAUCUGAAUCGGAGGACUCUGAGAACAGCGAGGCAGAUGGCGAGUACAAGAAGUCGUGCAAGCAGAAGAAGUGCCGUUCUUCUGAGGAAGGAGGAAGCAGUAGUCCACAUCCAGGAACGGGGUCAGGAUCGACGGCAACAACAGCACCUCCUUCGGGGUCUUCCGAAGCUUCGUCAGCUGGCGCGCUCCUUGGAAUCCACAACAUCUACAUUGUGCUACCACAGUUCCUGGUCAGCUUCCUGAGCAGUCUUGUCUUUGCAGCGAUCGAGCCAAGGACAUCCACGCCCGGUGAUUCAACUACUGAAUUGCCAGUAAAAGAAUCCGCGGGCAACCCAGAUACAAUUGGUGUGAUGUUGCGGUUCGGAGGGGUGAUGGCCGGGAUCGCUGCACUUUUGAGUAUAAGGCUGUGGAAGCAGCCUCGAUCUAUUAUUGCUCCUUCAAAUACCUGA